AUGAUAUCACAAUCAAAGGACAACGUCUCUGGCUGCUCAGAAAUGGGUUCUGAAACAUCUUCUGAAGUUUCUUCAAUAAAUUCUUCACCGCCUGUAUCGUACUCCAAGGCUUCUAUUGCUGGUCCGGCUCCGCUUUCUGGUCUGCACAGCAUCAAAUCAGACGAUGUCUCGAGAAAAUUGUCUAUAAGUAGAACUUUAACAAGCCGGUUGAAUGAUAUUAAGAAAGCUGUUGAUGACGACAACGCGCAGACGGAGAAGGCUUCUGCAGACGUUAAUAAAAUAUUAGAGUCGAGAUUUGAUGUGGCAGAUGCAAUCAGGCUACAGCAAAACGAGUCACAGCAGUCAAAGCUAAACAUCCCCGUGUCUCGUCCUGGUACUGCAGGCGUCUCAUCGCGGGGACAGUCUUCUUCUUCUUCCUCUUCUAACGAAAAUGUCAGCACAGAAGCUAAGCCUUCCACGGACUCCAAACUCAUGAGGAAUAGGAUAUAUCCAGCCUCCACCGAAGGCUCUGACAAGGAUGUUGAGGCCCAAGGAAUAUCUGAGUUCGAGCCUGAUGAGCCGACUGUGAGGAGAGUGUUCACCAACAAGUCUACCGGGCAGCUGGAACUGCCUCCCGACGGUGGGUAUGGUUGGGUCGUGACAUUCUGUGUGUUUUUGACCAUGUUUUCGACAUGGGGCUGUAACGCAUCCUUUGGUGUCGACCUUGCCUACUAUUUAAAUCACGAUACUUACCCCGGCGCCUCAAAAUAUGACUACGCAUUAAUUGCUGGUCUCACUGUGUUCCUUGGUCAAAUCUUAUCACCAUUUGUAAUGGCCUUGAUGAGGAUAAUCGGUCUACGAACAACCAUGCUUUUCGGCGAUGCCCUGAUGCUUGCCGCGUAUCUCUUGGCCUCCUUUACAACUAAGUUAUGGCAAUUGUAUCUAACUCAAGGUGUUAUGAUCGGUUGUUCAAUAUCGCUGAUAUUUAUUCCAGCAACAACCCUUUUACCAGGAUGGUUUUUGAAAAAAAGAGCCGUCGCAAUGGGUGUCUCAUUGUUGGGUACCGGUGCUGGCGGUGUCGUUUACGGCUUGGCUACAAAUAAAAUGCUUUCAGACUUCGGAAACACAAGAUGGUGUCUUCGUAUCUUAGGUAUUUCAUGUAGCCUAAGUGUUCUCGUUGCUAUUGCUUUGGUGAAGGAAAGAAAUCCUACACCCAUUGUCGGCUUGAGAUCUCCUCGACUCAUGUUUGAGCAACUCAAAGCAAUGUUUUCACUAAAAGUUAUAACCAAGCCAUUCGUAUCGCUGAUUGCCCUGUGGUUCAUGUUCGCAUUGUUUGCCUACAAUUUAAUGGUUUUCACUCUGUCUUCAUAUGCAAUCUCUAAAGGAUUAUCUGCACACGACGCCACCACGUUGACUGCCAUUUUAAAUGGUUCCCAAGCCAUUGGGAGACCUCUAAUGGGUCUUGCAGGCGAUAAGUUUGGUAGGGCAAACGUAACCAUCGUAUUAACCUCUUUGCUAACACUAUACAUGUUUGCCUUUUGGAUCCCUGCACAUACUUUUGUCCAGCUAAUCUUCUUCUCAAUUUUGGUUGGCUCAUGCGUUGGUGUCGCCAACGUUAUGAAUACUGUUUUGAUUGCUGAUAUGGUUAAACCAGAAGAGUUUCUGCCUGCUUGGGCCUUCGUUAAUUACUGCGGUGCCCCAUUCUUAUUGGUGUGUGAGGUGAUCGCACAGGCAUUGACAGUAGAAAACGAUAAGAGCAAUCCUUAUUUGCAUGCACAGAUCUUUUGCGGUUGUUGCUUUAUUGCUGCGCUGAUUUUGAUCUCUAUUCUUCGUGAAUAUUCUAUAAGACUGAAACUAACAGAAAGACAAGCUAUGACAAACGAAAAGUUGAACGAGUGGAAGCCUGGCGAAUACGAUACCGAUUCUACAGAUGAAAAUUGGUCUAAAUUAAGAGAUAGAAAGUCCAAGUAUGACCUUCUUUUGGGUCCUGGGCUCAAAAAAUACUUCCUUAGGAUGGUAUACCCAAUGAAAGUAUAA